CUUCCUUAAAGUGAGUUUGAUAAGGCGAGAGAAGUCCUCGACAUUCACCACGCCACGUCUUUGACUUUGACUUGGCUUGCCAAUGCUGUAUACUUUUUUUGCCCAAGUCUAAGCAUCGACAUGGCGACAACAACGGCCGGGUCAAGCUUCGAGGGACAAGAUAAUGGCGUCACUCGCCGUGUGAAAGCGGGCGCCCGCAGUGAGACGCAAAACACCAACCCAAGCAUUGCCAAUGCCUCUACCACAUCAAUUGAAACCAACGACAUACCUAAUGGCUCCGCACACUCAUCCGAGCAAUUGAGGAGAGCUUUCCGCAAAAAGUAUCGCCAUGUCGAAGCCAUCCAUUCCCAGUCGAGGCCGUCGUGUCUCAGCCAUGACACCACCGAGACGCCCAGCUUCUUGGGUUUCCGAAAUCUCAUGGUGAUCGUGCUGGUUGUUGGCAACCUCCGCCUUGUCAUUGAAAACAUCCAAAAGUACGGUGUUCUUAUUUGUAUUCGAUGCCACGAUUUCCGCAAAUUCGAUGUGCAGCUGGGAUUGUCGCUGUACUUUCUGAUCCCCUGCCACCUCCUGAUCGCUUAUUUCAUCGAGCUCGUCGCCGCCCAGCACGCCCGGGCGUCACGAGCAAAGGCUAAGAAGAGGGAUGGGACCACCAGCCCUACUGAAGACCAGUACAAGAGGUUCCAGCGAACGUGGCAAUUGAUUUGGAUCGCCCACGCCAUCAAUGUCACCAUCGCCCUGGUCUUCACCACCUAUCUCGUCUACUACUACGUCCACCACCCCCUAAUCGGCACCCUGACCGAGUUUCACGCCAUCAUAGUCUGGCUCAAGACGGCAUCGUACGCCUUCACGAACCGGGACCUCCGUCACGCAUACCUCCACCCGGUCCAAGGCGAGUUGGAUGCGCUGCCAGAGAUCUAUCGCCAGUGCCCCUACCCCAACAACAUCACCAUCGGCAACCUCGUGUACUUCUGGUGGGCGCCCACCCUCGUUUAUCAGCCCGUGUACCCGCGCACCGACAGGAUCAGGUGGGUUUUCGUCUUCAAGCGCCUCGGCGAGGUCCUCUGCCUGAGCGUCUUCAUCUGGUUCACCAGCGCGCAGUACGCCACGCCCGUGCUGCGCAACUCGCUCGACAAGAUUGCGUCGCUCGAUUACCCGUCCAUCAUUGAGCGUCUGUUCAAGCUGUCGACGAUAUCACUUGUGAUAUGGCUGGCCGGCUUCUUCGCCUUGUUCCAGUCCUUCUUGAACGCCCUCGCCGAGGUCACAAGGUUUGGUGACCGCUCAUUCUAUGAUGCUUGGUGGAACAGCGAAGGCCUCGGCAUGUACUGGCGCACCUGGAACAAGCCCGUCUACCAGUUCUUCCGCCGCCAUGUCUACUCGCCGAUGCGUUCGCGGGGAUGGAGCCAUAAGGUAGCCAGCUUCACCGUGUUCUUCGUGUCGGCCGUUCUGCAUGAGCUUCUCGUCGGCGUGCCCACACACAACCUCAUCGGCGUGGCCUUCCUGGGUAUGUUCUUGCAACUCCCACUCAUCCAGCUCACAGCGCCGCUCGAAAAGAUGAAGUCGGCAAAUGGCAAGCUGCUGGGAAACACCAUUUUUUGGGUGUCGUUCACCAUCCUGGGACAGCCCUUUGCCGCGCUGAUGUACUUUUAUGCUUGGCAGGCCAAGUACGGCAGCGUGAGCAAGGCUAUGGCGCAGGCUCGGCCUCCGACAUGCCCUGCUGCCUGAUCACCACGGAGUAAAUGGAGUUCGCAAUGUGGGAAUUAUAAGCUGUUGGUUCGGACCUGGGGCGCGGGCUGGUAAAAUUGCGGUACGCGGCGUUCAAGUAUAUAGACAUGGCAGUUCGCCGGGUUGGGUUUAUAAGUACAGAGGGAUCAAAAUCAACACUCACACGCCAUCGCUAGUGAGAUACUUUCAAUAUACAUCCUUGGUCAAUCCAUCGCGCCCCAGUUUCCUUCACUAUCCAGAAGUGAACGCCGCGAAACGUCCAUGUCAACACCCUUCACCCCU